UAGGGCUAAAGCUCUUAUACCCAAGAAAAGAAACUUAUUUCUGUCAAACAUAAGCAGCUUGAUACCCAAGAGACCAAAACUUCUUAAUACUAGAACCAAAAAAAGAAACUUUGACUUGUCAUCAGAACAAGAAAAAACUCCUAUUAUAGAAGCAGAAACAGCAAACAUGCCAUAUUUACCAAAUAGUAAACCAAGUAAAAGCAACAACCAAGAUGAUGAAAACUGGGCCAGUAACAUAAAACAAGAAAAACCAGUUGGUAAAGGCAAACAAAAAGCUACUUCUUCUACAAGUAAAAAUAACAAGAUAAAAAACAACAAGACACAUGUAGUAGCAAAUACAAAAAACAACAAACAAACAGAUACAGAACAUGUGCACAUUACACAUAACAAAAUUGAUACACAAGACAAAAUCGCUGAUAGCACAACAUCAGAUGAU